AUGUUUUCGGAGUACAAGCACUGUCAGUGCGGAUACGAUGACGACCCGACAGUUGCAGAAUGUUUCUGCCAUCUCGAUCAGUCCAUGCCUAGCAAUGCAACAACAACGAAGGACAACAAUAUUGUCACCGUAGUUGCUGAUGAAUUGUCGUUUGAGAAAUCGGUUGAAAAUUUUGACGCCACAUUUUCUGAUGUGUACAUGCUUGGAAAGCAGUAUGAAUUGAAUGAUCGCAAACAUUUUGAAGAGAAACUAAACUCUAAAUUCAGCUAUAACGAUAAUAUUUUAAAUUAUAAUGAUGAUGAUUAUAAAAUUAAUGAACCAACAAAGUUUAAUUUGGGUGUCAACCAGGAUGAAACUAUGGAAAGCAUUCAACAUGAUGGAAAAAAGAUUAAGAAAAUCAAACCAGAUUUGGAUGCAGUUAACAAAACGAAAAACAACGAUAACGCUAGAGAUGCAAGGUGGUUGAAUCAAAAUUCAAAUAAAUCUCUGUUCAAGACAUCAUUGAUUCAAGAAACUGAUUUGACGAAACAAUUGAAAUUAGAAAUCCAAUCGUUUGAAAAAAGAAAUGUAGAUUUAAUUAUAGAAGUUGAAAAGUUGAGACUGCAGUUAAAGCAACAACAAAGUCGACAUUCAACUGAAACUGACCAUCUUUCUACUCUUUUAGAUGAAAACAAAAAACUUAAAAACGAGCUCGAAGCCUCCUUCAAUAAAAGCGAAACCCUAGUAGAAAAACUGAAUGAGUUGGAGCUAAUGAGAAUGAGUGAUCAAGAUCAUAUAUCACAUUUGGAAGCGUCAAUAAAAGUUCUUCGCGAAGAUUUGAAAGAAGUAAAACUUAAAAAACUUCGCUACCAACUACCUCACCAUGACCAAAAAUAUUUUGAGUCGGACGCAACUUCAAAUGGAUUAUAUUAUCGAAAUUUUGAAAGUGUAAUAUCCGAAAGCUAUGACGACAGAUGUAAGAUGUACGAACUUCUUGGAAAUUUCUUUAGGAGCCCUGAAAAUAAUGCGAUGAGUUUCAAGGAAAUGAAUACAAACUUUGAAGAAGAUGAAGAUAGGGAAAUAAUGAGAAAAAUUUUCGAUUCAAGAAGACAAGAUCUCUUACAGAAGUUGACCUGCUUUGAAGACAUACAACACUCUAUUAAGUUAUUUUUAUUUUAA